GUAAAUGUGUUAAUGAUUUAUUCGUUUCAGGAACCCGUUCUCAUCGCGAAGCUUCUCGCUUUGUUUUAGAAAGUGACAAAGUUAAAAAUUAUAAAAUGAAGAAAGAAUUUUCUUUACUUUUCUACCUGUUGGUGAUGGUGAAUUCGAAUUUGGGGCAAGACGAGACAACGAACCCAGGGAAACAAGAGCUUACGCCACCCGUUUUAGAAUAUGGACCAGAAGACGAUGUUUACGCAUAUUUCGAAAAUACAGCCAUAUUCCUACCCUGUCUUGCCAAAGGGCAAAACACGUCAAAGGAAAAUACGUUUUGGGUCUCUUGGUGGACCAAAAAUGGAGUAAAUAUUACUUCAGGCAUCAGUUUCGAAUAUUCCUCGACUGACCAUAGAUUCGGCUUAUAUAUAGCAAGCGCUAAGCGAAAGGAUGCUGGUUACUAUCAAUGUUUUGCCUCGAAUGGAGUCGGUGUUAUGAUGUCCAAUUCUACUGAGGUCAGGUAUAUUGAAAUACCUAAAAAGAUUACUGGAACACGGAUAGUAAAUGCCACCGAAGGACAGCCAUUUACUCUGAGCUGCGAACUUCCCCAUGACUUAGUGAACGAUGAAAACAACUACUGGGUUCGAAAACCUCUACACUCAACCGUGAAUCAACCUCAAGUAACCUACGAAGAACCUCAGGUACUCCAAAUACCAGAUGGUAGUUUGUGGUUUUCGCGAAUUUCACAAAUACAUGAUUCCGAGAAUAAUACCCUGAAACUCGGAAAGUACUAUUAUUUCAUUCCUGAACGAAAGAAGGAAAUUUGUGAAACGGUGCUGAAAGUAUUUAAAUCAUCCAAUGAAGUCGUUCCUACCGAUCUUAUAAAGCGAUUCGUGACCCAAGGAAAUCUAAUUGUUGAAAAAGGUGCCAGGGUGAAGUUGUUUUGCGUUUAUGGGGGAAACCCACCUCCUGUCAUUUCAUGGCAGAAAGAUGGCGUAGAAUUGAAAUCCAAAGAUAACGCUCUCAUAGAGGAAUCUAGAAGCGUUGUUAAAAUAUUCUCAUUCAGGCCGGAAGACGUUGGAACAUACACUUGCAAAGUGCACAAAAAUCACACAAUAUAUGAGAAGAAUGAAUUUACUGUAAACAUUGGCAAGCCAUAUUUCAUCAAAAUACCUCAAGAAAAGAAUACUACCGUAAAUGGAUCUGCAGAAUUUUCCUGCACCGCCGCAGACGGAAAUUCAAGUUUUGGCUUAAACAUUACUUGGAUUUUCAAUGGCAAGCCCAUAGCUGAAUCGCCUUUCAUCGCAGAUUACAAAAUAGACUCUCAGUAUGGAAAAUCCACUCUUCGAAUUGAUGAAGUGAAUGACAUUCAUGUUGGAAAUUACGGCUGUAACGCUUCAAAUAUUUACGGAUAUGUGUACAAAGAAGCAUACCUCUUUACAAAACUUGGUGCGCCGGUUAGAAUCACCGAUGAAAGCAAAUCAAACCAAACUGUUGAAGGUAAACUAAAUGAGCUUUUCUAUUGGGCAUGCCCGGUGGAUGGCGUUCCUUCUCCUAACGUUACAUUCAUGAAGGGAGAUAAAGUAAUAAGAAAUGAUGAUAAUUAUUAUACCUUUUUAAAUGGUGGAAAAAAAUUAAUCAUUGGCAAUUUCAGUUACAAUGACUCAGGAAAAUAUGCGUGUACGGCUACCAAUGAACUGACCUCUGUACCCGUCAAUGCAGAAGUUAACGUUACCCUUAAUAGUGGUUCCUCCAACGACAAUGAUGACAUGAUAAUCAAGGUAUUGGUCACCGUGCUGGUAAUAACGUUAAUACUUACAGUAAUAUGCGGUACAUUUGUUUCCUACAAAUACAAAAAAGAAAUGAGAAUGAAGGAGUCAGAAAUCGCAGAAAUGACAAAAAUUGUGAAAAGGAUUAUAGUAAAGAAGCAAUUAGUGAACAUCGAUGAAGGUUUUCCUGUUGUUUUGAAUAUGCCUGUCGUUUCAAUUGAACGUUUGAAAUCUGGUAACGUGAAAAAAGGUAUGGUUUCGGUAGGCGAGUAUGAAAUGUCAUUAGACGAACGUUGGGAAUAUCCUCGACAGAAUUUACACAUAGGAGAAACUUUGGGCGAAGGGGAAUUCGGCCAGGUUGUCCAAGCCGAAGCGAAAGACAUUUGGAAACAUGGAAAUGGUACUGUAAUAGUGGCAGUGAAAAUGCUCAAGGAUGAUCACAUGGAUUCAGACAUGAUAGACCUGGUAUCUGAAAUGGAAUUGAUGAAAUUACUCGGAUGCCACCAGAAUAUCCUUCAACUCCUUGGCUGCUGCAGCCAAGGAGGACCACUGCUUGUAAUUACAGAAUAUGCUCAAAAUGGAAACCUCAAGAAUUUUCUUCGAAAAAGUCUUCGCCAAUCUAUCAAAAUGGAAGAAACUACUCUCUUGACUUAUGCUCGUCAAAUUGCGCAAGGAAUGGCUUAUCUGUCUUCAAUAAAAUGUAUUCAUCGAGAUUUGGCGGCUCGCAAUAUCCUUGUAACAGCUGAGUACACGAUGAAAAUAGCUGAUUUUGGCCUCGCCAGAGAUGUAAGACAUACAGAAUACUACAGAAAAACAUCAAACGGUCGACUACCCAUAAAAUGGAUGGCACCCGAAGCUUUAUUCCAUAACAGAUACACAACGCAAUCUGACGUCUGGUCGUACGGAAUAUUGCUAUGGGAAAUUGUAACGCUGGGUGGUAAUCCGUAUCCUUCAAUUGAUGAUCAAGCCGGACUACAUCACGCUUUAAAGCAAAAUUAUCGAAUGGAAAAGCCUGCAAAUGCAUCCACAAACGUAUACAAUUUGAUGAUGGAUUGCUGGAGUUUUGAACCCGAGGAUCGUCCGAAUUUUUUGUCAAUAGUGGAACGUCUAACAGAAUUAUUGACUUAUACUCAGGUACUCGAUGAGUCAUACCAUUCAGAAAAUCCUGAUAAAUCCGACUCAAAAAGUGUUACUUCCACUACAGAAUCCAGCGAAAAUGAAAAUGAAAAUGAAAUUAGAAAACCUAUUUUGGGAUGAUCGAUUCGAUAUACCUACCUAGGCAGUAGUUUGUCGGUACUGUUUCUAUUCUUUGCACUCUGCAUAAGAAAUUAUUUGUUUGACUGCAAGGUGUAGGCCGUAGGGCCAUACAAUAGAUAGGUAUAUCUGCAAAAAGAAACUCAGCACUUUCAAGGAAGCUACAAGCUACAACAUACAUUGAUUUUAUUUUCAUUUGUAUAUAAGUGAGUAAAGUUACUUUUAUUUAUUUUUUUCAAAGUUUCAACGAAUAUGAAAAUUAGGAAUAUUUGUUUAUAUUUAUGUAUGUACCUACUUAGAAAUAUUACAAAUCAAUUUCAUAUCAAAAAUACUACAAUUAUAUGUAUUAUACACUGCUGUCUAA